GCAGUUCUCUUGCUCGAGUCGCGCCUUGCAAGAUGGCGCCGACGGCAAGACCGUGACGAAGCUUCUGACCCAAGCGGCAUACCAAUGAGGAUCAUGUAUGUUGUCGUCUUCGUACGCGUGUCGCAUAUCGACCACUGUGACUGGUACAUCUACCUCCUCUGCUUCGCCAUGGGACUCCUGGACAUAACCGUGAAGAAGCUCGACAAUCCGACGGGUGUGUAAUGGCUCACCUAACUUGUUGUCUAUCAUCAGAGGCGACGAUAUUGUGCACACAGAGGGCCAUGUAGAAGAGGCGGUUCAAAUUUUUUGCAAGCUCAUGCAGGAAGACCCUCUUGCCAUCGCUCUCACAGGUGGAGAUAUGCUUAUACUUCCCUACUUGAUACGGGCGAUGGUGGGCGCUAUCGCAUUCAUGUGUGGCGACAUAUAUGCUGCAUUCAACGAGCAUGGUGCUAUGGUGGGCUUUCAAGGCUGGGUACCGCCGGGAAAGCUACUCUUCUCGACUGAAGAACAGAGAGAACGGCUUGAAGACUUCAACGUCCGACUGUCGGACAAAGCCAAGGAAUACUUCCCGAAGGCGAUGGGGGUCGAUUUCCCGAAAGCGAUUGACGACUGUACAGGCAUCGAGAAUUGCGAAUUGAACGCAUACUGGUGCAACUUCAACUUUGUCGUUGCCGAGUAUCAGCAGCGGGGUAUAUCGAAAGCAAUGUCAGAGCUCGCCUACCAGAAGGCAAAGCCUCACAAAUGGAUCAUGGCCUUGGCCACUACGCACGUUCGCAAUAUCGCCAUAUACAACCACCUACGCUUCGAGCUGAUGGGCUAUCGCAACAUGGCUUCGCCGUUCAUCGACUGGCCGGCAUGGAUCUACAUGAGAAGGACGUAGCCAUCAUACCGUCUAUGCCAAAACAUUAGCCGUAUAAUGGUGAUGCGUCGAGAAGUAUUGCGUACCACGAAUGUGUUAUCAACAUUGCAAUCGAGGACAGGAAAGGUGCAAUGAAUGCUGGGGAUCCUGGGGAUCCUGGUACAGCCUCAGGCUUGCGUGGCUCAUCUAACGAUGCUGGCUGGCGGAGUCAUCAUUUGUCUGUUCAGUCUAAG